CUUGCCAGGUUCACCUACUGAGCGACACCGGGACUGAAAAGUGGAAGUCCGAGCCCCAGGAACAAGCUUGUGCUACUUCAAAGCUGCUACGCAACACGGCAUCGCAGGAGAAAAAUAAGGAGAAAAGGCUUGCUUUCGGUACGCGGACUAGGGCCGAGCAGGGGGCGCCACAGCCGGGCAGCCCACACGUUGGCGCCGUACCUUGGAUUCAGACGGGGCAGGACCCGGCCAACGGACUGACUCGCUCUCGCUUAGAACGAGGCUGUUAGUGCAGCUGCGCCUUUGACCUGGAUGCACAGGGCGUAGCCCACACUGCACCUUAUGGGACGCAACGAGCGGACGGGGGCUGGCAGCUCCCAAGCAGGCCCCGGCACUCCCAGUCCACGCGCUCUGGCAGACGAGGCGGAGACGCUGCAGCAGCAGGGCGAACGGCGCAAGGGGCGUGAGGCGGCAGCCAAGUUUGAGGCCGCAGCCGCCAAGUACCAGGCGGCUCUGGAGGCCGUGGUUCGGCAGCGGCAGCAGCUGGGCCUGGCGCUGGGCCCACCUGAUGGCGCCGCUGCGCUGGCGGCGGCGGCAGGCGGUCGCCGAGGUGGCGGCGGCGGCGGUCCGGUGACGCUGUCAGACGCAAUAGACAUGCGCAGCGGGCUGGCCGAGUGCCACCAGCUCCUGGGGGAGGCGCUGCUGGCGGCGGCGGAGGCGCGGCCGGACAGCGAGCUGAGCGGCGAGGAGGAGCGCCGGGCUGCCGGGGCGGCCAUACGCCAGUACGCCACGGCUGCGGGGCACUACACCUGCUGCCACGCGGCGGCCGUGCUCACCGCGCCAGCGCCAGGCGCGCCUGAGGUGGCUGCCGCAGCCGCGGCCAGCGGCCUCGGUGUGGCCACGGCCAGUGCCUUCGCCGCGGCGAGCGCCGUCGCAGCGGCUGCGAGCGCGGCGGCAGGGGCGCUCAGCGCUGAAGUGGCGGUGAACGCCGGGAACUCGCUCGCAGCGCUUGGGGAGCAGCUCGAGGAGGAGGCCACAGCCGCAGCCGGCAGCAGCAGCAGCAGCAACAGCAGCGGGGUUGGCGGUGGCGGUGGCGGUGGCGGUGGCGGCGGCGGCGCGGCGGCGGGCUGGUUGGCGCAGUACGACACGGCGGUGCGGUGCUUCCGGGCGGCGGCGGCGUGCUACCGUUCGGCCCAGGCGCAGGAGGAGGACGCACUGACGCUGAGCAAUCUGGCGGAUGUGCUCGUCCAGAACGGCACCUGCCUCCACGCGGUCGCCAGGGCGGUGCGGGAGGCGCCGCAGGAGCUGGCGGCAGCCGCGCUGGCCGCAGCAUCGGGCGGCGGCGGCGCGGCAGUGCCGGUAGGCGAGUGGGCCGCGGCGCGGGAGGCGGAGGCGGGCGCGGAGUUCACCGCAGCUCUGGCCGCCUACGAGAGCGCCUGCUCGCACACGGACUCGUCCCAAGGAGACGACCUGCCUGGCCUGCUGUGCAACUGGGGCGCGGGGCUGCUUAGCAUGGCGGGCUGCAUGCAGGACCCGGCUGCGCGACUGCCGCUUCUGCAGCAGGCGGCUGGCCGGCUAGAGCACGCCGCGUCCUUCGACCGAGCCGACCCCGCGCCGCUGUGCAGUCUUGGAGACGUACUGGCUGCGGCUGGCGAGGCCGCGGAGGCGCUCUCCCGGGCGGCGGCAGCGGCGGCUAACCCCAGCGGCCCUGCUGACGCGGCAGCGGCAGCCGCCGCAGCCGCCGCAAUGGCCACUGCGGGCGCCGGUGGCGCGGGCGGGCCGGCGGCGGCGGCGACGCACUGGCGCGGGGUGGCGGCGGGCCACAUGACGGCCGCUCUCGAGCGGGGGUACGGGGCGGCGCUGCGGCUGCGUGCAGAUGAGCCUGAGGCGCUGGUGGGCGCCGGGGAGGUGCACCUGGCGCUGGCGCGGCUCGCAGCGCUGGAGCUGUCGGCGGCAGCGGCAGCCGGCGGGCCGGACGGCGCCGCCGCGGCCAGUGCCGCAGCAGAGGCGGCGCGGCGGCACGUGGAUGCGGCAGUGGGCGCGCUGUCGACUGCGGUGUCGCGGCCAGAGCGUCUGGGCGGCUGGCGGCAGCGGUGUGACGUGCGGUACAACCUGGCGUGUGCGCUGGCGCUGGCGGGGAGAGAUCAGGAGGCGGCGGCGCUCUUUGGCGCACUGCUUCGCUGCGGCGCAUUGCGGGCGAGCGAGCUGGCGGCAGACCCCGAUCUGGAGCCGCUGAGGGCUGCUGGAGCUGGGGCAGGCGGGCAGGGACAGGGGGCGCCCUGGUUUGCGGCGCUGCUGCAGGAGGCAGCAGCCUUGGAGGCGGCCAGCCGCGCCGCGGGGCAUGUGUAACUGUCUGGCGUGUGCGCCACUGUACCAACCAUUCUGGUCCAACCGCAUGGGAAGGAGACCCAGGAACAGGUUGCGGUUAUGCGGCGCUAAAUGUAUACCGGAUUACCGGACUGCAUAGCAUCCACAGGCAAGGGCCAGGCGGCAUGUUUUAGGCACUGCAUACCGAGCACAUGCGAGUAUUGCCUCUGGUAUUGCGGCAUUGAAUACGCCAGCUGCACUAAAGGGAUGGCACAGCCACCAGAUCGCACGCAGGACUGCAGCGGAGAAACGGCACGCCGCCAGCAGGCCAGCUGCGCGCGCUCGUGAUGGAACAUGGCAAGGGGCAGGAAAGCGUAGUCCCGAUGUGUGUGGCUCCCACCCGUGCCCACAUAAAUGCGUAGCAAGAAGGGACAAGGCAUUGGUGCGUCGUUCGCGCGCUGUUACUGUACCGACGGUAGCUGGCAGGUUGUGUCGAUGUUGUCGGGACCCUUGAGCUGCGCGCGUGUGUACUGCCGCACUAGCCUAGGUCCAGGCGUGGCCCCGGCAGACACUUGCUGAUGCAAAUGAUGAUGGAUCCAGCCGCAGCGUAUUCGGCGCCAGCCCUCUUUCACUGGUUUUACUGACCUGGUUGUCACCUGUUCUAGGUGCAGUCGUGCAGACCAAACGCAUGAUUGCUUCGUGUGGGAACAUGGCGAGUGCGAGAGAGCCUCGGAUGUCCCCAGUCGGACAG